AUGGAAGUGAUGAGCGCACCCACACCGUCUCGCCAUACGCCUUUUCUGCAAGAACUACAGAUUCCUUCCGUUCCAAUACCUAUUCCUGUCCGGCGAAAGGCUGCAGAUCCCCCACCCCGUUCUCCCGAACGGAAGCAUUCCUCGUCAGACCUUCUUUUCGAGAUGUCUCCUCUAUCACCCGAGAACGCGCCGCUAUCUCGCUUCACCUCUUUGCACCAAGCAUCCGGGAACUUGUCUCAACGCAGACUCAAUACACUCCUUCCGCUUGCCGUUGAAAGGGACGCUGAUUCCUCAGAGACUCGGCUUCCAUAUAGCCAUGAGCCAUUCUUGUACUCGAUUCCUAGGAUACCCCUUCGUUUACCCAAUUCACAUGGUUGUUCGCAAUUGGAAGUUUCCUCCCCUCUACAGUCGAAUUCGAUAUCACCGAUGGGAACAUUGGCAAAGGAUACAUCGUACAAUCCGAAGCGUAGCCCAUCACGUUCUGCAUCGUGUUCAUCACUGUCGACAUCAGUAUCCGUAGGUCACCACCCCGUUCAUCACUUCUCUGAUGCGUCUGUACGUUUGGAUAACAAAAAUAUCCUUACAUCCGCGUUUCAAAGCUCCAUCUCGUCUGGCGGAUAUCUGUCACCUUCUUCGUAUGUGGAUCAUGACAUGGGGCCUCCCAAAAUGCCAUUGUCCGAAAGCUCGCAGAAGCGACGGGGUAUCAUUCGAUCUGCUCGAGGGUUUCCGGCCGAGCAAGACAAAAGCUUAGGUAGUGGAAGAUAUCCAAAUAGUAUCAUGCAAACCACUGCUGCUGCUCCCGUCCUUUCUUUCGCGCAUGUGGAGUUGAACGGUCUCUCUACCGAUGGCGUGUGCGUUAGGGAGUCGACGCGGGUGACAAGGCACAAGUCGCCACCCGCGAGGCCAGGUUCUCCUUAUCAAGUUGUUCGGGGAAGGAAGAGCUCAAUACGUCGAGAGCGCGGUUUGCGAUUGAGCGACGAGGAAUUGAGUAGAUCACUCAAGUAUGAUGGGUCCAAAUUUGGUCUGGAGAAAUACCUCCCAACAGCGUUCCCUCAUCGCAUCGUUAAGGAUGAGAAUACUGCCACUGGGCUUUUGGUAGAGGAGAGAGAGAGGGGCCGCACGAGGAGUCGAGCUCGUGGUGGUUUGCGCGGUUGAAAAGAACGUUUUCGGCGUUCACCAGUAUGCACCUUAUGACGCUCAGCAAAAAUUUACGACCCUGCAUGCAGUUUCAUGAUUUCCUUUAUUAUUCCCCUUCUGUUCAAAUGGACUCUCAUCGCAUCGUUUCUUACGUCUUCAUCUGCAUCUGGCUUGGUCGCUUUCGUUUCUCUAGCUUUUUCUUUUCGGAUUUGCAUGCAUCUCUUCUCACGCACGGACAACUCACCGCUCUCUGCUUUGUUCAAUGUUCAUGUCCGUUAGCAGCAUUUUUUCGUUCUGUGCCAUGUUCGCAUUCGCUACGAUUUUCUGUGCAGUCGAUCUUCCUGCGUUUCAUGAUUUCACCGUAUUCAUUCGUUCUACAUAUCCCAAGCAAUCCACCUUCUGUCAUCAUUGCCUCAGCAUUGUCCACUCAUUCAUUCCUUUCUCGUCUCAGUUCACCAUUUUGGAAGCAUCAUACCUCUCAUCAUACAUAUUCGCAAUUCUCACCAUCCAUCGUCAACAAUUCAGCAACCUUGCAUCAUUAUUUUAUUUCAUUUCACGCAUCACAGUGUUCCUAAUGGUAGACCUCCUUCGCAGAUUUAACCAAUUCAAGUCGUAGUAGAUCGAAAGUAGAGUACAGCGGCACACACCGCCUUUGAGCAAUGUCAGCACAAAAUAUAUCGGUUUUUAGGUGUUAUAAUAUAAAGUUCACAGGCAGCUGUGUGCCUAUACGUC